AUGGAAACUAUUAAUACUACGGAGCGCUUGGCGGCGUUGAGGGAUCUUAUGAAGAAGAACAAGGUCGAUAUUUACAUCGUUCCUUCAGAAGAUAGCCAUAGCUCGGAGUAUAUUGCAGCGUGUGAUGCGCGGAGGGAAUUUAUAUCGGGGUUUUCAGGAUCCGCUGGAUGCGCGGUAGUGACCUUGGACAAAGCUGCUUUGGCCACGGAUGACAAUUGGCUUCUUUUGAAACAAGGUCUACAAGAUGUACCUACAUGGCAAGAGUGGGCAGCUGAACAGUCCGAGAGCGGGAAAGUUGUUGGUGUUGAUUCCACUAUCAUAUCUGCACCUGACGCUCGAAAGCUCUUAGAAAAGGUCAAAAAGCGUGGCGGAAGCGACUUAGUUGCCGUGGAAGAAAAUCUGGUGGACCUUGUUUGGGGAGACAAUCGACCUUCCCGCCCUAAGGAGCCUGUUAAGGUUCUGGCGCGAGGUUUUUCAGGGAAAGAUGUCAAGACGAAACUAGAGGAUCUCCGAAAGGAAUUGCAGAAGAAAAAGAGUUCGGGAUUUAUUGUAUCCAUGCUAGAUGAGAUAGCCUGGCUAUUUAAUCUACGUGGAAGCGAUAUUCCUUACAACCCCGUUUUCUUUUCCUACGCUUCAGUCACACCGUCAUCCGCCACUCUUUACGUGGAUUCAAGCAAAUUAAGCGAAGAAUGCAUAACACAUCUCAAUGAUAACGGUGUGUCCAUCAGAGAAUACUCGAAGAUAUUUAGCGACGUCGAGGUUUUGAGCCAAUCUUUGGACUCGGAAGACGCCAAGCUUAAGAAGUUCUUGGUAUCAAGCAGGGCAUCAUGGGCGUUGAAACGCGCUCUUGGAGGUGAUGCAAAAGUCGAUGAAGUCCGAAGUCCAAUCGGCGAUGCUAAAUCUAUCAAAAAUGAGACCGAACUAGAAGGAAUGAGAGCUUGCCAUAUUAGAGAUGGAGCAGCACUUAUCGAGUAUUUCGCAUGGCUUGAGCAUCAGCUGGUAGUGGAAAAAGUGGAGAUGGAUGAAGUUAUUGCGGCUGACAAACUUGAACAAUUGCGGUCGAAACAGAAGCAUUUUGUUGGAUUAUCCUUUGAUACAAUAUCCUCUACAGGAGCCAAUGCAGCAGUCAUUCAUUACAAACCCGAACCCGGUAACUGCUCAAUAAUUGAUCCAAAGGCUGUUUAUCUAUGCGAUUCUGGGGCUCAGUACUUUGAUGGAACUACUGACACUACUCGCACACUUCAUUUCGGUGAGCCAACAGAAAUGGAAAAGAAGGCCUAUACGCUAGUUUUAAAGGGAAAUAUUGCUCUAGACGUCGCAGUUUUUCCUAAAGGAACUAGUGGAUUUGCUCUGGAUGCCCUCGCUAGGCAGUUCCUCUGGGAAGAAGGUUUGGACUACAGGCAUGGAACAGGCCACGGAGUCGGUUCCUAUUUGAACGUCCACGAAGGGCCAAUAGGAAUUGGGACCAGGAUUCAAUACUCAGAGGUUCCAUUAGCACCUGGAAACGUCAUAUCGAACGAACCUGGAUACUACGAGGAUGGCUCUUUUGGUAUUCGAAUUGAGAACAUCAUCAUGGUGAAAGAGGUCGAGACGAAACAUCAAUUUGGCGAUAAGCCAUAUUUGGGCUUUGAGCAUGUCACAAUGGUGCCAUAUUGCCGAAAACUCAUCGAUGAGACUCUUCUGACUCGAAGAGAAAAGCACUGGUUGAACGAGUAUCAUGCCGAUAUCUAUUCUAAAACUAAAGAUUUCUUCAAGGGAGAUGAAUUGACCAUGAGUUGGUUAGAAAGGGAGAUUGAGCCGUUGUAA